UUGUCCCUUCAAAAUUAUUGUAUUUUGGCGCCAGUUAUUAACCUCCACUAUAUAGAUAGAAAUCUCAAGCGUCGUAAUGGCGCGAAAAUCCCUUGUCUGUCUCUCGCGCUCUUCUCUUCCCAUCUCCCAUGGCCAGCUUAGGGUUCCGUCGUCCUCAAUUCUCCGAGGAUUUAGCUUGGUUACCUGCAUGGCUUCAAAAUCCUCUAACUGAAUCAUCCGCUAAUCAAACAAAAGAAACCCUAACUAAUUCCAGCAUUGAUUUAGAACCUUUUUCAAGAGAAGAUUGUAGAAACAAUAAUUUCAAGUUGCAUUUAUCUGGAGAUUAUGAUGCUUCACAAAUUAGCACAUCUCCAUCCCCAAGAAAUGUAGUUCAUUUUUGUUUGCGUCUUUCUUUAGAUGGUGAAUCACAGGAAAGCAAAAGCCAUGAUUUGAAUAUGUCACAACCUUUAGGUCAAAGGACUGAGGCUUCGGCUGGCUCCUUGCAAGAGAGAUUGUGUCCUUCAAAAGCUGUAGGGGAUGUUCAUCUGCAAUCUCCGAGCCAAAAUGAAGAAAUCGGGGGGCGAAAUGGAGAACAUCUUUGUGCGACUCCUUCAUCUCUUACCUAUUGUAAGGAUAAUCUAGAGAGACGUAUCAAAGAUGCUGAUGUUAAUGAUGCUAUUGAACUUUCAAUAGCUGCGUCUGAAGCAUUGGUUAUACAUGAAUUGAUGGGCAGUGCGUCAACUUCGGAAGUUGUGUCAACAGGAGCUAUACUUGAAGCUGCACUCCAGGUUAAGCAGGCUAGGUUGGAGGCUUUAGAAGGUGUAAACUGCUGCUCGUCUGAUGGAAUUGAUGAGAUUGAUGUUCUUUCAGACUUAGAUGACUCCAUUAUGGAAAAUGCCCUUCUAGAUGUAGGGAUUUCUUUCAGCGACGCUGAUGAUCGGCGUGCUUGUGAUUCAGAUGUUUCUCAAGUCAAAGACACUCCUGUGGACUGUCAUUAUGAUCAUAAUAUUGGAUCCAAACAUGUGCAACAGGUGGUUCAUUGUGAUAAUAUACCCAAUGACUCAGCUUUGGGUUUGGAUAACUUUAAGACAGGAAGCCUACUUGGCCCCCUUCCAAAUGAGCUAACUGAUGCAACCUCACAGAUUCCCGUGGUGGCGAAGUCUCCAGUUGAUGUAACUUUAUCUCCUGAUCAAAUAUCUGAAAAUUGUGAAGAAGAAGAGGAAAAAUGCUCUUCAGUUGCACAUAAUUUUAGGAGCCGCUGGUUGGGUGGCUGGACGGUGAAAGGAGCAGAGGCUUCUGCAAAUUUGAAGCGGAGAGACACCAAAUGUGUACCAAAUUUUUUUGAUUACGAGACGAGUUUUCUCUCUGAAUCUGCUGCAGAUGCAAACUCUUUUGUACAAAAAUGUGUAACUGGGUCCAAAAUUGCUUCACAGUCUAGCAUACCCUUUGAAGGUGUACUCAACAAGGCUGAUGCAGGGGUUUCUUUUUUUGAAGAGGUUAGAUCUUCUAACCAAUCAUUGGUGGAUCCUCUUUGCUCAGUGGUUCCAUGCAGUAUUUCUUCAGCAAUUGCUAACUCUCUGUUGACUCAAAAUAAAGAUGACAGAGAAGUUGAUGCUAAAUGCUCCAGUACCAAAUCAGAAUUUAGAAUAGAAAAUUUUCAGAGGAUGUCAAACAUAAGUCAAGAAUCUAGCUGUGUGAAUAAGGAAGCUAUGCCAACAAACACUGGUGAAUAUUGCAGGGCACCAGUUCGAAGGCAUCUGGCUUCACUAAAGACUUACAGCACGUUGUUGCCAAAGCAUAAAAACCUCUUGAAGGGACAAAAAGUUGACCAAAAUGAACUGUUGCCAUCAGAACAUGUUGGAGAAUGGAUUUCACUUAAUGGCUCUUUUGAUCAGAGGAAUAUUAAACCUCUUACGUAUGAAUUCCAAAAUUUAGUUGAUAGAGAUCACACUCAAAAUCAGGAAAUCAAUGUAUCCACAUGUCCUGUCCCAAAUUAUGAUGAACCUGCAAAAGAUGCUGAAAGGCAGCUUCAGUAUUCAGGGAAGAAGAGGUCACCUCUAGUUCUAAACCGAAGGACACGCUGUCGUGUGCAGCCUUCUGAACAUAUUGUCAGAAACAUACUUGCAGAUAGACAGCCUGAACAGAUUGUAGCACAAGGAACUCUAAGUAACUCUCUUCAGGGAAAGGCAUUUCAAAAGAGGAAAUAUAAGUCGCAAAGUGCUCAUAGCCCUCCUAAUGUGCUUGGAAAGCGAGUUACCUUCGCAGAGGUUGAGAUUGAGCUCCAGCAAACAAACAAAAGUUUAAAGCCACAAGCUUCACAAAAAAAUUUUUCCGCGAUCAGAGCUAAUAAAAGGUCCAAAACUUCCAAGAUGCGGAGUGAAUCUCGGACUCAAGAUGUGAAGAGUCUUUUCACAGGUCAUACAAAGGACGCGAAAAGAUUGAUAUUUCAUGGUCAACAGUUCUUGCUCACUGGUUUUUCGAGUCAAAAGGAAAGGGAAAUUGUUGGACUAAUUCAAGACCAUGGUGGGAUGGUUCUCUUGGAUGUCCCAUCUCCACCUUCAAAUUAUAGAGCCAAGAGAAAUGCUCGAUCUGAUUUCCAACACCAUCCUAUUAUUAUAUGUCCCAAGAAGCUACAAACUACCAAGUUCUUGUACGGAUGUGCUGUAAAAGCCCUCAUUGUAAAAGUAAAAUGGCUUUCUGAUUCAGUUGCAGCUGGUUCCGCUGUACCCCCUGAAAAAUACAUGAUUUUAUCAAAUCGGUCUGGUCUGCCAUACACAAGAUUUGGAAAGUUGAGUCACCAUGGUGAAACCAAGCGUACUUUUGACAGCAUAGGGAUCAUGCUCCACGGAAAGCACAGUUUCUGCACCAAAUUGGCAAUUAUAAUCAAGCAUGGAGGUGGGCAGGUGUUCAAAACUCUCCAGAGGUUGUUACAAAGUCUUGACACUGAGAAGAUUUUAAUUGGAGCUAUUGUUGCUGAAGACGAGAGUAGAGCGUCGCGUCACUUGAGACACUACGCCUCGGAGAGAAAAAUACCCAUGAUGUUGGUAUUUUUCUGCAGCCUGCUAGCUGGAUAGCAAAGAGCUUACAUUUUGGUGAGCUUCUACCUUUUGAAGAAAAGAAUGAUGCUCCAAUAUCUGCAACUUCCCCAAAUUGGAGCCAAGAGAUCUGAAAUGUGCAUUUUCACUUCAAAAAAUGAGGUAAUUGUACAGUUGCUUGAUAGCUCAACAUUUGUCAGUAAUAUCAAAAUAUCACAUAUCAGAGGUAAUGAUUUUUAUAUUACUUGUCAAAUCAAGAAACGCAUCAUAAAUUAAAACCAGAUAGUACAUUGUUGUGCAUCUUGAUACACAAUUAUCUCAUUGCCAUGCACUGGACUAGUAGUAAGCCUUAUGUAUCAUCUCAGCCUGGAUGACUAUUUUUCAUACUUCUGAGCACAUUGACACUCAUUUAUACAGUGCUCAAUGUUUUCAAGACCUUUGUAAAACUUACAUUUGUCAUGAAUAACUCUUCAUUUUUUGAGAUUA